AUGCAGCCCUUAGUGCCCUGCCUUGCGGGCACCGGCUUGCUUUGCUACGUCAGCUGGCAUCAGCUCAAGAAGCUCGUGUCCCCCAGCGACUCUUCUAACAAUUCAGACAAGAAGGAGAAGAAGGUGAAGAAGGAGAGAGACGGAAAUGAGGAGCCGAGACAGAAUCCAAAGACGGGCUUCCAACCACGCUCAGAUGAAGAAGUGAAGCAGACCGUUGAAAGAUGGCUCGAGCACGUGCAUCCUCGUGCGCUAGAUUUCUUUUCCACAGAGCAGCAACUUCGAGAAGUCCUUGAGAGCGUGGCCAGGGGUACAGAUGCGAACUCCGAUAUCAUCUUGAAUGAGGGUUGUGCCUUCUGGUAUGGCGAUGUCACGAAUGAUGAUCUCCAAGCAUCUAUCAGGAUGAUUAAGCCCGGGGAAACGACAGAAUCGGUCACCUAUCUCAACCGUGUCUUGGCCUUCAUCUUCGCGGAUGACAGAAGCUUCAAGGCGUUGAUGAAGCUGCCAAAGGUGCCGUUCAAGAUGAGUUGUGGCGACCAGCUCUGCGUGUCUCUUUCCUGUAUGGCUGCGGAGGCAGUGCACAUGGACUCCGAGAAGACAGAGUCCGACGACGACUCUGAUGAUUCGGAUUCUGAUUAA